CUGUACCAGGACAAGGUUUUCUGCUUCAUCCAUCUGAGUGUUCAAGAGUUUCUGGCUGCUCUUCAUGUCCAUCUGACCGUCGUCAACUAUGGAGUCAAUCUGCUGGAAGAACAAGUAAUUACAUCCCAGAUGUCUAAAAGAAGAAAAGAAUCUGCAGGGAGACACUUCUACCAGAGUGCUGUGGACAAGGCCUUGCAGAGUCCAAAUGGACACCUGGACUUGUUCCUCCGCUUCCUCUUGGGUCUUUCACUGCAGACCAAUCAGACUCUCCUACGAGGCCUUCUGACAGAGACACGAAGUAACAAACAGGAAACAGUUCAGUACAUCAAGAAGAAGCUCAGUGAGAAUCUGUCUGCCGAGAAAAGCAUCAAUCUGUUCCACUGUUUGAAUGAACUGAGUGAUCAUUCUCUAGUGGAGGAGAUCCAACAGUCGCUGAGAUCAGGAAGACUUUCCCGAGAUAAACUUUCUCCUGCUCAGUGGUCAGCUCUGGUCUUCAUCUUACUGUCAUCAGAAAAAGAUCUGGAUGUGUUUGACCUGAAGAAAUACUCUGCUUCAGAUGAGGCUCUUCUGAGGCUGCUGCCAGUGGUCAAAGUCUCCAACAAAGCUCUACUGUCUGGCUGUAACCUCACAGAGAGAAGCUGUGGAGCUCUGUGCUCAGUUCUCAGCUCCCUGUCUUCUAGUUUGGGAGAACUAGACCUGAGUAACAAUGACCUGCAUGACUCAGGAGUAAAGCUUCUAUCUGCUGGAUUGAAGCGUCCAAGCUGUUCACUGAAAACUCUCAGUCUGUCAGGCUGUCUGAUCACAGAGGAAGGCUGUACUUCUCUGGCUUCAGCUCUGAGCUCCAACCCCUCCAAUCUGAGAGAGCUGGACCUGAGCUACAAUCAUCCAGGAACCUCAGGAGUGGAGCUCCUCUCAUCUCAACUGAAGGAUCCAAAUUGCAGACUGGACACUCUCAGGGUGGAGCCUGCUGGAGUCGAAUGGUUGAGACCAGGUCUGAAAAAGUAUUCGUGA